UGCUUUCUUUCUGUCUUCUUGUUGACUAACUAAACAUUUUAGUCUUUCAUCUUUAUCUCCUUUAAAAUAAUUUAAUUAAAAUUACCAAUCAAUACUACAAAUGUCCUGUAUCUCUUUCAACCUCUCUUGUUUUGAUCUCUGAGUUCUCUUUCCUUUUCAUUUUUUCCUUCUAAUCUGUCUGAUACCAAUUCUUUCCUUGUGCUUGAGAAUGGAAGAAACUGCUGGGAAUGCCGUUUUAGAAGUUGGAAAGUGCUUAAGUGCUCCGAUUGGGCGUCAGAUUAUGUACUUGUACAACUACAAUACCAACUUUCACAAUCUUAAAAAAGAAGCUGGAAAGCUGAAGGAUGCAAGAGAUGAGGUGAAGGCUAAGGUUGUUGCUGCUGAAAAUAAUGUGGAAAAGAUCAAACAGAAUGUUAAGGACUGGCAGGGGGAUGUGGAUUCCACCAUCGAAGAAACAGACAAGCUGAUUCAAGAGAAAUCAAACAGCAGUUGUUUCAACUUGAUCACUUGUUACAAAAAUGGCAGGAAAGCAUGGAAAAAGCUGAACGCUGUAACUGAGCUUCUUCAGGAAAAAGAAACAUUUGCUGAAGUUUCUCUUCCUAUCACUCAUGAAGUCAUUCGGCUCACUAACAAAGAUUAUGAGGAAUUUGAAUCAAGAAGGUCAAUUUUCAACGAUGUGCUGAAGUCAUUAGAUGAUCCUGAGGCGGGAAUUAUUGGAGUUUAUGGAAUGGGUGGAAUUGGUAAAACCACUCUGGUCAAAGAAGUUGGUCAUCAAGCCAAGAAAAACCAGAUCUUGGAUGAGGUGGUUUUCGUAGAGGUGUCUGAUAAACCAGAUGCUAAAAAGAUUCAAGAUGAACUUGCGUAUCAGUUAGGUGUGAAAUUUGAUACGGAGGCUGAACGAGCGAGCAAGUUGUAUGCGAGACUGAAGAAUGAUAAGAAAGUGCUUGUAAUUUUAGAUAAUAUAUGGGAACAGUUAGACUUGGAGGCUCUCGGUAUUCCUUGUGGAGAUGACCGUGGGGGAUGUAUAUUAUUGCUGACAGCAAGAGAUCUUAAUGUAUUAUGGAGUAUGGAUUCUAAGAAUAAUUUCUCGAUGGGUGUCUUAAAGGAAGAAGAAGCUUGGAGCUUAUUCAAGAAGAUGGCAGGUAAUGUGGUUGAUCAAACAAAUAAGCUGAAUUCUCUGCCAAAUGCUGUAUGCAAGGAAUGUCAUGGUUUGCCAAUUGUUAUUACUACCAUAGCAAGAGCAUUAAGAUACAAGAGACAUCAAUCUGAAUGGAAAGAUGCCCUACGAGAUCUGAAAAAGCCUUCUCCAACAAAGUUUGCAGGCUUGCCAGAAAAAGAAUAUGCAAAGAUAGCAUUGAGUUACAAUUAUCUAAAACGUGACGAGCUCAAGAAAACUUUGCUAAUUUGUAGUCUAAUGGUAAAUAAUACUACCAUUUUAGACUUGUUCAAACUCAUUAUGAGUUUAAAUAUACUAGAAGGAGCUAACUUUACUAUGGAAGAAGCACGAAAUAAGCUGGAAAGUCUUGUCUAUGAACUCAAGUAUUCGUGUUUGUUGCUUGAUGGUUCAACCAGUGAACGGUUUUCGAUGCAUGAUGUUGUUCGUUCAGUUGUCAUAACAAUUGCAUAUAAAGAUCAUCACAUAUUUACAGAGCGAAAUGACAUGAGGAUGGAAUGGUCAGAUAAAGAGCAAUUGAAAAAAUGCACUAAAAUCUCACUAGCUGAUUGUAAUAUGAUUAGUGAGAUUUGGUCUCAAGGUUUGGAUUAUCCAAAGCUUGAAUUUUUCAGCAUGAGGAUGGAGGGUUUUUUUGAAAUCCAUGAAGAUUUUUUUGUGGGGAUGGGAAACCUCAAGGUUCUCAGUUUCUUUCACCUAGAUGUAUUGUCCUUGCCAACAUCUCUUGGUCUUCUCACAAAUCUUCAAACACUAUGUUUGGAUUGUGGGACAUUUUCAGAUAUAACAAUCAUUGGAGAGUUGAGAGAACUAAAGAUUCUUAGCUUGCGAUGUUGUGAGAUUAAGCAAUUGCCAGAAGAAAUAAGUAAAUUGACUCAAUUGAGAUCUUUAGAUUUAAGUUAUUGUCAAAAAUUAGAAGUUAUAGUACCAAAUGUUAUAUCAAGCUUAUCCCAAUUGGAAGAAUUGUAUAUGAGCGGAUGCUUUAUUUCAUGGAAGCUUGGCAUACUUGAGGAGUUGAAGCAUUUGUCUCAAUUGACAACUUUAGAAAUAGAUAUUUCAAAUUAUCAAAUUUUGCCAAAAGACUUCUUCCCCAAAAAGUUGGAGAGGUAUGAAAUAUCAAUUGGAAAUGGGGCUACUUUUUUUGGUGGGUCUUACAUACAUGAUGAUGAUUAUAGGAAGUACAUGGAUGUUAAAAGUUGUAUGUUAAAUAAGCCUGCUGCUUUAAGAACGCUGAAAGUGAAUCUUAAUUCUAUCAUCUGGCAAGAGGAAUUGCAGUGCUUCUCGAAUGUUGAAUUCUUAUGCUUAGACAAAUUGCAAGGCAUCAAGAAUGAUCUCUAUGAAUUAGACGAGAAGGGUUUUUCUCAAUUAAAAUAUCUCCAUGUCCAUAACAAUCCUAACAUCUUGUGCAUUGUUGACUCAACAAAGUGCAUACCUCAUGAUGUCUUUGCACUCCUGGAGUCUCUGAUUAUUUUCAACUUAAUCAACUUAGAAAAGAUAUGUUAUGGUCUACCCUCAACAAAGUCUUUCUACAACUUAAAAUUUAUAGAAGUGAAAAACUGCGAUAAGUUGAAAAAUAUUUUCUCAUUCUCCAAUGCUAGCAGAAGCCUUCCACAACUUCAACUAAUUAAGGUGGAAGAUUGCAAGAAUUUGAUUGAGAUUUUUGCUAUUGAAAGUAAAAACAGAGCAGACAAGAAUGAGGUAAUUGAUAAGAUUGAAUUUUGUCAAUUACGCUUCUUGACUUUGAUUAAACUUCCAAGGAUUGCAAGCUUCUACCCAAAUACAAAUACAGUUUCAACAUCGCAAAAGACACAAAAUGAAUUGACAAUUAAUUUGGAGUCCAGUGAUAUCAAUUCAGAGGAUGAGGAAAUUGAUCCUGUCAUACCAUUUUUUAACAAAAAGGUUGUUUUCCCUUGUUUGGAAGAAUUAAACCUUGGAGCAAUUAAUUCUGAGAGGAUUUGGGACAACAAACUUCCAACAAUCUCUUGUUGCUACCAGAAUUUGAAAAGAUUGAUUGUGGAUGGUUGUCAAAAACAAAAAUUUGUGUUUCCACCAUCGAUAAUUGAAAGCUUUAAGCAGCUUCAACACCUUGAGAUACAUCGUUCUAAGGAAUUGAAGGAGAUUGUUGCCAAAGAAGAAAUAGAGGGUACUAUUACAUUUAUCUUUCCAAGGUUAGCCUUUUUGAAACUCGAAAAAUUGCCAAAGCUUACAACUUUAUACCAUGGAAAAUACAACUCAAAUUGGCCAAUGUUAAAGGAGUUGGAGGUGCGUGAUUGUAGCAGACUAGACAUAUUUACUUCAGAAUAUAAGGUUGUUGUCCCCAGUUUGGAGGUCUUAAAACUAUGUUCAGUCAAUUGUGAAAUACUCUGGGAUAGUCAACUUGUGGCAAUUUCUUCUUGCUAUCAAAAUUUGAAAAGCUUGAUCCUGAAUGGUUGUGGAAAACUCCAAUAUGUAUUUUUAUCAUCCAUGGUGAAAAGCUUUGAGCGGCUUGAACACAUUCAGAUAUGCAAUUGUAGUGUGUUGAAGGAGAUCAUUUCAAAAGGAGUGGAAGCAAACAAGACAUUUGUAUUUUCACGAGUAACCUUCCUAAAACUGGAGAAUUUGCCCGAACUUGCAACUUUCUAUCCUGGAGUACACACUUCUGAAUGGCCGGUGUUAAAGAAGUUGGAGGUGUGUAAUUGUAACAAAAUAAAAACAUUCACUUCUGAAGAUAUAAGCUUCCUUGAUAAUAAUGAGGGUCAACAUGAUAUUUGGGCGAAACAUUCCCUCUUCUUGGUGGACAAGAUCCCCAAUUUGGAGAAAUUAACCCUAAGCAGUGUGGAUGACAUGAUAAAAUUGCUGCAUCAGUUUCCGGAAAACUUUUGUAGAUGUACAAUUGAGAUCAAACAGGAUAAAUCUACCAAUAUUUCAGUUGGCAUUCUUCAGAGAUCGGUUAAGCUAGAAAAACUCAUACUCAGUGACUGCUCAAAUGAAGAGAUUUUUACUUGUGGAGAGGAUGAGAAACAUACAAAGAUCUUGAUACACGUAAAAAGUUUGGAGUUGUGUAGUCUUUCUGAUGCAAAGUACCUUUGGGGAAAAGGCUCCAAACUAGACUCUCUUCUUCAAAAUCUUGAAGUUCUAGAAGUAAAUUAUUGUAAUAGAAUGAUAAAUGUUCUGCCAUCCUCAGCAUCUUUUGAGAAUCUAACAGUUCUGAAUGUAUGGUCGUGUUAUGGAUUGAUGAACUUACUCACACCUGCAAUAGCAAAAAAUUUGGUGCAGUUGAGAGAAAUGAAAAUUGAAUUUUGCAGAAUGAUGACAGAAAUAGUAUCAAAUAAGACAGAAGAUGUAGCAGCAGAAGAUGAAAUUGUUUUUGGCAAUCUGAAGUUGUUGUCACUUCGCUGCUUACAAAAUCUCAUAUGCUUCUACUUUGGGAAUUAUGCAUUGAAAUUCCCGGCUUUGGAAGAAUUAACUGUAGAUAGCUGUCCUAUGAUGAUGACUUUCUCUGUAGGAAACUUAGACACACCAAGUUUACAAAAAGUUCAAGAAGAUCAGAGGGAUAAAGACAAAUGGAGUUGGAACGGUAACCUAAAUGCCACCAUACAACAACUGUACGAAAAAGAGCUUAACUCCAAGUCAGAGAAAUUGAUACUACGUGGAAAAGACAUCACACUUACAUGGCAAGAACAACUUUCAGAACAUCAAUUUUGCAAAGUAAAAAUUCUUGAGAUCUUUAAAGAUGAAUCAUCUAACAUUCCAAUUGGAAUCCUUCAGAGAUUUAACAAUCUCAAAAAACUUGUACUAAAAUCGAGUUCAUAUGAAGAGAUAUUCUCAUGUGAAAAAGACGAGAAAGAAGUAAACUUGCUCACACAAAUAAAGGAACUAGAGCUAUGGGGGCUUUUCAAUUUGGAGUGCAUGUGGAAAGAAAAAUCUCAUUUGGACUCAAUUCUUCAAAAUCUUGAAAUGUUAGAUGUAAAUUUUUGUCACAAUUUGAUUUGUAUUGUGCCGUCUUCAGCAAUUUUUGAAAAUCUCAUAACUCUAGUAGUACGGUACUGUGAUGGAUUGAUAAACUUAGUAUCAUCUUCAAUAGCCAAAAGUUUGGUGCGACUCGAACAACUUAGAUUGUCAGAAUGUAAAAUGAUGGCAGAAGUAGUAUCAAGUGAGGGGGAUACAAAAGCCGAGGAAAUUGUUUUUGACAAAUUAAAGCUGUUGUCACUUUGUAAUUUAAAAAAUCUCACAAGUUUCUGCUCUGGGAAUUACAUCUUCAAAUUUCCAGCUUUGGAAGAAUUGAUAGUUCAGGAAUGCCACAAUAUGAAGACUUUCUUUGAAGGAGUCUUAAGUGUACCAAGUUUACGAAAAGUAACACAGGGAUGGCAUGACGAAUUAGAAUGCUGGGAGGGUGACCUUAAUACUACUAUUCAAUUUCUACACAGAAAAAAGUGAAUAUUCAGAGUUCUGGAAGGAUACAGAGCAAACUUCAAAGAAAUCUCUGGAAUAAGGCUCUUUUGUUUGUGGUUUGUGAGGCAUUAUUGCUGCUCAAGU